CUUCCUCCCACCUCCCACCCCCAAGUCGCGGCUCAUCCUCGAGGGCGGAGAGAGGUGGCAUUUGAGUCCUCCGGUAUCCCAGCAGGCAGUGCAGCCUAGAGACGCUGACAAAGGAGCGGAGGAGCAGUCGCAGCUGCUUUCCGAGGAAGCCGGUGUUGCCGAGAUUGCCAAAAUGCUUUGGAGUUUUUAACUGAAUCUAAGAAAAGUCCAAAAUAGAUUUGAGACUGUAAAAACAGAAACUGCAGCAAGGGGGAUUCAGUGCCAAUGCAUCAACAAAAAAGACAGCCAGAGUUAGUGGAAGGAAAUCUUCCUGUUUUCGUGUUCCCCACGGAGCUCAUAUUUUAUGCAGAUGAUCAGUCAACACAUAAGCAAGUGUUGACACUGUACAAUCCCUAUGAGUUUGCCUUAAAGUUCAAAGUUUUGUGUACUACUCCAAAUAAGUAUGUUGUCGUUGAUGCUGCAGGUGCAGUAAAGCCUCAGUGUUGUGUGGAUAUUGUGAUUCGUCAUAGAGAUGUUCGAUCCUGUCACUAUGGUGUAAUAGACAAAUUCCGUCUUCAAGUUUCUGAGCAAAGCCAGAGGAAGGCUUUGGGAAGAAAAGAGGUUGUUGCUACUCUUCUCCCAUCAGCAAAAGAACAACAAAAGGAAGAAGAGGAAAAAAGAAUAAAGGAACAUUUAACUGAAAGUUUAUUUUUUGAGCAGUCAUUUCAACCAGAAAACAGAGCUGUCUCCUCAGGACCUAGUUUACUAACUGUCUUCCUGGGAGUGGUGUGCAUUGCAGCCCUGAUGCUGCCUACAAUGGGGGAUGUGGAAUCGCUGGUGCCUCUCUACCUCCACUUAAGUGUGAAUCAAAAAUUAGUGGCUGCUUAUAUCUUAGGUCUUAUCACAAUGGCCAUACUUAGAACAUGAGCAAGGAUUUCAGUUGACUUCUGAAGUAAAUCUAUCUUGAAAAUAUGAAUGUGGACUGCCUUUUAUCUC